AUGCCGCGCAUGCAUUCCAGUCAAUCCAGCCGAUCCCGAUUCCGUGCGUAUCUCCAGCGUCGCAAGGACCGCAAGCACACGCAGCAGGUCCACGAAUCGAUCGAUGAUUCUCUCCAGAAAGCUCGCGAAUCCCGAACUCGCCGCAGCGCAUUGGGAUUGCUCAAGCAGUUCUGGAAGCUGCUCUCCGGAUUCCAAUGGACCGUCGUCGCGUCGCUCUUGACCCUCUCGAUCAGUGUCGGCUUGGGACUCGCGAUGCCGAUGAGCACGAAGGUUGCGAUCGAUUACAUCAUCACCGAUGCGCCAGGUCCCACAGGGCUCCCUGAGUUCCUCGGCGAUCAUGAUGGCUCGCGAUCCAAUCGGGUUGCUCUGAUUUGGCAACUCGGUGGGGUCAUGCUCGUGAUUACCGCGGGAUCAAUCAUCUUCGGCAUGUGGGGACGCUGGCAGUGCACACGCAUCACUAAACGCGUGCAGGUCGCGCUCCGAAAGCGAGUGUUCGAUCAUGCGUCGCGUCUUCCGCUCCAUCGGAUCCAUCAUCUCAAAUCAGGAGGUGUGUCCUCGAUCCUGCGUGAAGAUGCGGGAGGGGUUGGGGAUCUGAUCUUCUCGAUGAUCUACAACCCAUGGCGCGCGAUCAUUCAGUUUCUCGGAACACUUGUCGUGCUUGUUUGGAUCGAUUGGCGUUUGGUCAUCGGAGCGAUCGUGCUGCUCCCAUUGAUCUGGGUUUCGCACAGAACAUGGAUCCAGCGCAUCCGGCCGAUGUACCGAGAUAUUCGUUCUCGAAGAGAAGGAAUCGAUGCGAUGAGCGCCGAAGCAUUCGCGGGAAUGCGCGUCGUGCGCGCGUUCAAUCGACGACAAGCUGAAGCGGCUCGAUUUACAAGCGAGGGUCAUCUGCUCGUGCGUCAAGAGCUCUAUACCUGGUGGUGGGCGCGCAGUAUCGAGAUCGUUUGGCAAGUCCUGAUCCCAGUCGCAUCGAUCGCCGUGCUGCUCUACGGCGGGACAGCAGUCAUCGACGGCUCCCUCACGAUCGGCGAUCUCAUGGCGUUCAGCGCGUACCUCCUCGCGCUGCUUGGACCACUGGAAGCACUCGUCGCAAGCGCCACCAAUGUGCAGAACAACCUCGCGGCACUCGAUCGGGUGCUUGAUCUGCUCGACGAGGACCAAGAGUUUGCGAGUACAACACCAACCAAGAGCAUCGAACCGGCGCUCGUGCGUGGACAGCUUGAGAUCAAUGAGCUCGCGUACGCGUAUCCGAUCCGAACCAAGUCCAAAGACCCACAAAGUGGCAAGAUCGAACGCGGAGAGCAGGUCCUGCACGACAUCUCGCUCUCGAUUGCGCCAGGCGAAACGAUCGCGCUCGUCGGGGCUUCAGGAGCCGGAAAGACCACCUUCUGCAACCUGAUCGCACGCUUCGAUGACCCAACUGUUGGUAGGAUCUCGAUCGACGGCAUCGAUCUGCGAGACAUCCCGAUCGAGCAGUACCGAUCAUUGCUCGGUAUCGUCGAGCAGGAUGUGUUCUUGUUCGAUGGAUCGGUGGGAGAGAACAUCGGAUACGCACGCCGACGAGCUUCGCAAGAAGACAUCAUCGCCGCUGCAGAAGCCGCCAAUGCGCACACAUUCAUCUCGGAGCUGGAGCACGGCUACGACACGAUCAUCGGAGAGCGAGGGAUCCGACUCUCCGGAGGUCAGAAGCAGCGCAUCGCGAUCGCUCGCGCCAUCCUCGCAGAUCCAAAGAUCCUGAUCCUCGACGAAGCGACGAGCUCGCUCGAUACCGAAUCUGAGCGAUUGAUCCAACAGGCGCUGGGAACGCUGAUGCAGUCGCGGACGAGCUUCGUGAUCGCGCACCGAUUGAGCACGAUCCGUCACGCGAGUCGAAUCGUGGUGCUCGAAGACGGCACCAUCCAAGAAGUCGGCACGCACGAGCAACUUCUCGAAGCGGACGGGCGAUACGCACAGCUCCUGAAGAUGCAGCUCACGGAUGAUUCGGACGAACUGGCACAACGCCACUUGUGA